AUGCAGGGUUUCAACAAGUAUUAUCCCCCAGACUAUGAUCCGUCUCAAGGCAGCCUGAAUAAGGUCCGAGGCAAGCAUGCAUUGGGAGAUCGGGCUCGCAAGCUCGACCAAGGCAUCCUGAUCACACGUUUUGAACUUCCGUUCAAUAUUUGGUGUGGGACAUGCAACAAUCACAUCGGCAUGGGCGUUCGGUAUAACGCAGAGAAGAAGAAAAUAGGUGCAUACUACUCUACGCCCAUCUUCUCCUUUCGGUGUAAAUGCCACCUCUGCGACGGUUGGUUCGAAAUUCAGACGGAUCCGAAGAAUACGCGUUACGUCGUCGUCUCUGGGGCAAGACAGAAAGACGAAGAUUGGAAUCCAGAAGAUAAUGGGGGGUUUGCUAUUCAUGACACUGAGAAGGAGUCUGCUGAGAUCGACCCUCUGGCGGCGUUGGAAAAGACGACGGACGCCAAACGGCAAAUGGAGACAGUCGCGAAGCCACGUAUUGAAUCUCUCCAGGUCGUAUCCGAACACUACAACAGCGACCCUUAUUCCUUGUCACUCAAAGCCCGAAAGAAGUUUCGUGAGGAGAAGAAGGUCGAACAGCAGAAACGGAAAGCAGACGACGAUCUCAAGGGUCGAUACGGUUUGCCAGCCACCUUAAGUCUCCUUCGGGAAGAUGAAAAAUCCGUUCAAGAAGCCAAAGACCUGUGGAACAAGGCAAAGGCUGAUCAUCUUGGAGCUAAACGAAGGAGAACCACGAUAGAAGUGACCUCCAUUCCAGCAAGUACAUCUUCUCGACUCCCACCCUCCGCCUCUUCUAAAUCCAGCACAUUGGAUUCAUUACGGACUCGAAUAUUGCAAAACACUGCGAAAAAAACUGCAGUGUCACGUCCUUUACACAAUUCUACUUCACGACCAUAG